AUGACGGGUCAGAGGUCUCGCUUAAAAGAGGCUGAUGUCAUCGUGUUUCACGCUCUAGAAUUGGGAGACAGGCCUCAGUUGAAACUCCCAAACCAGAGAUGGAUUUUGUACAUGAUGGAAAGCCCUUGCUAUUAUGGUUUGAAUUACUUAAAAGAUUGGAGAGGGGCUUUUAACUGGACGAUGACGUAUAGAGCUGAUUCUGAUUUUAUAGCCAAUUACAGUGAAGUUCAGCCGAUAACAGAACCCAAGGAAAGGAAUUACUCCGCUAUUAUGGCUAAAAAAGGUAAGAUGGUGGCUUGGUUUGCAAGCAAUUGCAACACUCCAGGGAAGAGAGAGAAGUAUGUGAAGGAACUACAACGCUACAUACCCGUAGACAUAUAUGGCGCCUGCGGUCCAAUGAAGUGCCCCGCCCAUACGUCGUGUGAAAAACAUAUCUAUGAAACUUAUAAAUUCUACCUGUCAUUUGAGAACAGUCUUGCGAAUUUUUACCUCACGGAGAAGUUUUUUAAGACUCUUAAACAUGACAUUGUGAGCGUUGCGUUAAGUGGGGCCAACUACUCAUUUUAUGGUAUAAAACCUGACUGGUUUAUAGACGCAAUGAAGUUCAAAACUCCGAAGGAUAUUGCUGAUUUCUUGAUAGAGGUAGACAAAGAUGAUAGCAGAUACGUUCAAUAUCUACGCAGUAAGGAGAACGUUACAUCAGUCGAUGAAUAUUAUGAAUGGUGCAAUGUUUGUAAGAGAAUUAACGAUGUGAACGACACGAGAACAUAUUAUGAAGAUAUUUUACAUUGGUGGCAACAGAAUCCAUGCAUACCGCCACAGUUCUUGUGA